UCUGAAUUUACAGCAAACACUUUUGGUCAUCCCAUAGGGGAAAAUGUCCGGAUUCCGUGUAUUGGACGAGGAGGAUCGCCUGAUGCUAAUAUCGUGGCUCAAGGAGCAUAACAUCGAACUGAAUCAUCGCACCAGGACCGAGCUACGCGAUGCUUUCGCGGUGGCCAAGAUCUGUAAGAGGAUCCACCCCGACUUGGUUGACCUCCAGGUCUACACGCCCAGGUGCAGCAUGACCCAAAUGCUGAACAAUUGGAAGAUAUUUAACGACAGGGUUCUCAAGAAACUGGACCUGAACCUGUCCCAUUUGAUGCUCAAGGAGCUGGCAGGUGGGGCAGCGUGUGCCAUUGAAUCAAUCCUCUAUAAACUGAUGACCACCGAGUAUGCCCUGAAACGAGGAGAGGGCAAGUUCAGUCUAGCCAAGAAACCGCUAGACAGACAGACCAAGAGUGAUUCACUAAAAGGUAUCUGAAUCCCUGAAUCCCAUGGACACAACCUAUGGGGCUACAGAAAAUUAUAACAAUGGCAGUCAUUGACAAAAGGUGCAAAAUUUAAACCGCAGAGUAACCAGAGAAUCGAGCUUAAAUAAAUAAGGCACAAAACCCAUUGCUUCGCACCACAAAUGGUUUGGUUUUCUUCUGAUGAAUUUAUGAG